AUGCAGAGCAACUACUCCCCGGUCGUCACCACCAGAGAAACUCUCCAAGUCCCCUUUUCAGCAGCGACAAACUCGUCGACCACGUUGCGCUCGCCCCCUCCCUGCCCACUUACCUCUUCAGAUUACCAGUUUUCACUAAUUCCAGCGCUCUUCGCUGUGGUUUUUGUUCUGGGCUUGGUUGGCAACAGCAUGGUGGUUGUGGUGCUUUGUCGUUACAGUGGCCCCAAAACAGUCGCUAAUAUCUACAUUUUCAACCUGGCCGUGGCGGAUCUGCUGUGCCUCACCACCCUUCCCUUCUGGGCUACCUACUACGCGCAGGGGUACAACUGGCUCUUCGGGUCUCUCAUGUGCAAGAUCUCCAGUUCUGUCCUGUGCUUGAACAUGUUUGCAAGCAUAUUUUUCAUUACGUGCAUGAGCGUGGACCGGUACCACGCUAUUGUCCAUCCUAUUCGCUCCCAGAGAAGAACUCCACAACAAGCAUAUUUUAUAGCGUUGGUUCUGUGGGGCCUUGCCUGUUUGUCCUCCCUUCCAACGUUUUAUUUCCGCGACACUCAUGACAUUGAAAGCUUGGGGGUCAACGCUUGCAUCAUGGCCUUUCCCCAUGAGAAUUAUGCAAAGUGGUCUGUGGCAAUGGCUUUCCUGAAAAAUGCCCUCGGCUUCUUCAUCCCCUUGCCGGUGAUCACCACGUGCUACAUCUGGAUCAGGAGGCACUUGCUCAAAGCACGGGAGUUUGGGAAAAACAAGCAGAAGAGGGACAAAGUCCUAAAGCUGGUGGCUGCUGUUGUUGUGGCCUUCUUUGUUUCCUGGCUCCCGUUCCACAUUUUAACAUUUUUGGAUGCCUUGGCUCGCAUGAACGUCAUUGACAGCUGUGACGUGACGGGGGUCAUCGACAUAGCGCUGCCAUUCGCCAUCUGCAUGGCAUUCGCCAACAGCUGCACCAACCCUUUGCUGUACUGCUUUAUUGGGAACCAGUUCCAGGAGAAGCUCCACCGCUUGUUUAAGCGGCGAGUUUAUCAGUUCAACAGCCAUCGAGAGAGCUCUUCUCUGAGGAAAGGGAGCUGCUUCAGAGAUGCUGAGACCCCCGUGGGCAGGGAAGAGGGGCCUGAGUCCUUGCUGUAG